AUGCUCGACAUCCUCUUAGGAGAAGCUCAAGGUCUCCACCCUGAGUCAUUUUCUGAGCCGAACACUCCGCUGCUGGAAACCAUUGCCCAUGGUUUCCAGGGUUUGGUGGGUGAGCUCGACAAGGCGUACAUCUCCGCGUACGACAGUGAGACCAUCCAAUGGACAGAAACUGCCCUUAGCACCGGUUUAACACAAAACGCUCACCGCUGCGCUAAAAUAUUCUUGACCGCUUUUUCCACAAUUUACGAUGCUGUGCAUGACUUGAGGAUAAAUUGCAAUAGUCUGAGGGGACACCAAAUUCACUCGUCCUCUGAUCUCGGCGGAUUGUUCCUACGGCACGGCUUUAAGGUGUCCGCAGAAAACAAACAGCACUGGGAGCUGCAGAACAAGAGCGUCAUAAACGGUGAAUACGUCGCGAACAGACUUAGCUUUAGGGUCGAAGGUGCGAAAGACAACGAGCAUCUUAAGGAGUGCGAAUCGAAUAAACGCAAGUCUAACGUCCUUUUUAAUCUUUUCGAUAUUCUCAAAUGCAUUCUGCAUCACGUCGACCAGUACAACGCCAUAUGUCACAUCGCUAUACUCCCCAAACCUAGAACGCCAUGUACCGUUUUCGAGAUGCUGGCGUGGCUCUCAGGGCUCACUUACACUUCCGCGUACCAGGCGCUGCUAUCAGACGGGUUCACCAACGUGCUUGAUAAUCCGGAUACGCCGCUUGCUGGCGACGGAGAGAUCAGCGUAUUCGACAUCGAGCAGUCAUACCUAGAGGCGCACCCGCAGACCAUCACGUAUAAGAGCAUACGGACGGUGUUGCAAUACCUUUGUUCGAAAUCGUACGAUUUGCUUACCACCGUUGUUGGCCACGGCGACGCGGCGACAUUCUACGCUUGCGACUAUUCGAAUAACACGCUGAAUCUGUACUACCCGAGCUCCGGCGAAGAUUGUUUGCAGAUGUUGCUUGACUUCCUGCGCAGAAUUCUGCAGCCGCUCAGGUAUUUGUUUGAACGAUGCAGCGUCGCAAACAAGAACUACGGAUGGGCCGACUGCCACUACGGCAGGGACGUACCUACGACCAAAUCGCACUGCAACAUCAAGCCAACGGACGAAGCAGCGUGCGUACCAAAUUGCCAAGCAGAGUGCAAACCAAAUUGUCAACCAACGUCGCCAUUGAUGAACUACCUAAGUGACUCUCUAUUCGGCUACCUGCCACAUAGAUUGGAGUCUGUUGGAUGCAAGUCCAAAUGCUCCACCUGCCCCUCCAUUUCUAGGCUGGGAAUGCCGUGCGUCACACCGCUGGGUUUUAGGGCGUUUUCUGGAUCGACCAAAACAGGCCAUCAGCUACGUGAGAUGAUUCGCGAAUUCUUAGGUAGUGGCGUGAUUUCAUCAUUGUUCGGCUUGUCACCAACUCCGCCGAAAACGCUGCCGGAGCAUUUCGGUUUCGGGUUAAGCUUGGUUAAUAAGUGGGUCAAAGUUGCAUCUUAUAUUACUGAUGCAGGUACAAAACCAGUAUCACAAACUAAGAUUGAAGCAUCUAUUGAGGAACUCUCCAUUAAGCUCUACACUGACACGAGUAAGCUUACCAAUGUACUUCGUGACGCUUAUGGCAGCAGUCAGCAUGAGCACCAAGAUCAGAAUCAUCUCGAAGUCUAUGCCGAUGUAUCUAGCCUAUGCAUAACUAACAGUUGCACCGACAGGGUUACGCGCUGUGCUCCCUAUCUAUCCACACUGUGUUCGGACACGUAUCAAUACUUUGUUCAUAAGAACUUUGCCACGUACCUCACAUGGGCUGUCUACCUGCCGUGGGAUUUCUGGACUCAACUCAACAAUUUGUGUAACGCGUUCAAGAAUAUUUUCUGCCAAGACUGGGGAUGUCAUAGGUGUUUACGUGCUGACAAAUGUAAGCGUGGACAGCAUGGACUCGUCGAGAAGGUAGACAACCAACAUGACAAGCCUCAUUGUAAGUGUCCAUCGAUGGUUCAGUGCAAGGGUGUAUCGGCAACACUGUACCAGUUCGGUUUCUGUUUUGGUAACGCGGCGACAUUAAAUAACGAGGCAUCGGCUAAGAAGUGUUCUGAUUUCUGCUCUCAGCUGGACAAGGUGUUGAAAUCGGAAUAUUUUGUUAAGCUGUUCAAAGAAUGUGACAUAUUCAUUUGGACUAUCAGAGAACCGUUCACCUACUUGGUUCUCGCGCUCUGGUCACUAUCCCUCUUCUACCUCAUCUGCGUCAUGGUUGGCAGACUGGAUGUGCUCCACAUCCGCUCACACCUGAGAUCACCAUCAUCGCACAGGAUAACGGCGCAGUCAUUGUUGGCUGCUGCGCAAGUCGGAAGGCUUGCCAAGAUAUCGUACCUUCAACCGUGA